ACGUGACUUUACGUCAUAUAUGGCUAUCGCAGAUAUUCACUCCGCCAUAGCUGUUGUUGUUUUGGAAGCGAAGUAUCUGUGAGGUAUCAUCUUAGAUUAUAGCCAUAAUGUCGUCUCCCAGCCCUGGAAAGAGACGAACAGACACUGAUAUACUGAAACUUAUUGAAAGUAGUCAUGAAGUGACAAUACUCAGUGGAUUGAAUGAAUUUUCUGUCAAGUUUUAUGGACCAGCUGGCACUCCAUAUGAAGGUGGUGUAUGGAAAGUAAGAGUUGAUUUGCCAGAAAAGUAUCCAUUCAAAUCUCCGUCUAUUGGAUUCAUGAAUAGAAUUUAUCAUCCAAAUAUAGAUGAAGUUUCAGGAACUGUUUGUUUAGAUGUCAUCAAUCAAGCAUGGACCGCAUUAUAUGAUUUAUUGAACAUAUUUGAAUCGUUCCUGCCCCAGUUAUUGACUUAUCCUAAUCCAAUUGAUCCUCUUAAUGGUGAUGCUGCAGCUCUUUAUUUACAUAAACCAGAAGAAUACAAAAAGAAAGUCAGAGAAUAUGUACAAAAAUAUGCAACGUCCGCAGCCUUGCGUGAACAAGAAGAAUCAUCUAGUGAAAGUUCUAUGAGUGAUUUCUCAGAAGAUGAAGCCCAAGAUAUGGAGCUUUAACAUUUAGUUUUCAUUUAAUCUUAUUGUACAUUAUAUCAUUGUAAAUAGUCUCAGUAGUUAUCAAAAUCAGGGAUUUUCCUAGUCGCACAUGAUGAGAGCAUUUUCAUUUUCACAGCCUGAACCUAGAUAUUUUGGUAAUUAACAGAUAUACAAACCGAAUUUUACCUCAAUAUGUGAAGUGUAUAAAUCAACCUAUUACUGAUUGUAAGACCAAGUGUUUAAAAAGCUAUUGGUUAAAAGUUUCAUAGACAGGGAUAUUAUUAAUAACCCUAGGAAGUUUUAAAUACAGAAUCUCUAAGAUCUUAUCUAUUCUUCAGAUAAAAUCUGAAUCUUUGUCUAAAUUUUCUCCUCCCCUCCCCCCCUUGUAUACCUACUUUGUAUACUACAUGUAUAAAAGAGCAUGAUCUGUUUGAUUUAGUUUUAUAAAGUAGAUUGUAUUAAUGUUAGUUUCAUUUUACAAUUGAUCUUUACGCACCAAAAACAAGAAAUUGACCAGUUUAUUAAUUUUAAUUUCUUUUUUGCCAAACUGUAAAGAAAUAAACCAGGCAUGAGUUAUACUCAAUUUGUCAAGUAGAACAAUAAUAGCCUACUAAUCUCACAAAACAAAUUAAUUUUAAAUAAAAUCAACCGAAAUCAAUAAGGUCAAUUCCUUUUGAUCAUCCAACUUGGGGAUAGGUUUUACUAUCUUUCCAUUUGCAGUUGUAGUUGUUAUGGCACAAAUUGAGGAGAACUGUUCUAUUCCUUACAGAAUCGUCAUUGCAUUAAAAUAUAAGUUUGUCCUGCCUUUUCAUUAUCAUUGAGACUUGCAAUAUUUGAUAUCAUUUUCAAUCUGUUACAGCAUUUUUUUUUCAAUACCAUAAAUUUACUAGGAAAAUCCCUGUCAUGUAUCAUGUAUGAAAGUCAUUUUUUUUAUUUUUAUUUUAUUAUUCUAGAAGUCUACAGUGUACAGAUGAUAUAAUAAAACAUACAAAUUCUGUUUAUACCUGUAAAACAUGUACCUUCAAAAAGACAAAACAAAAUGUUUAUCUAAUUCAUCUGGCCAGUUAGGGAUUUUAUGUGGAGAUGAACAGGAAUUUAUGUGUAAAACUUUGAUGAAUUGUAUUCAGUUCUAGUAAACAACAAACAGGCAUUUUUGUGUUAUUGAUAUUGACUGAUCGUCAAACAUGAAAUUGAUGAUCCUAACCCAGUGACAUAAUUAAAGAGGCAUUAAAGACUAAAUUAAAACUAUAUAAGGCUGUGCAAAAAAUAGUUCUGGUUCUCAGACAAUCCUUACCAAAAACCUGAUGUGUACGGGAGGUUUUUAUUUUAGUGUUUUUAUUUUGUCAAAGGAUCACUAAUGGGCUAAAUGACUUCUCAUAAACAUCACAUUUCAAGGCACUACAUUUAUCUCAUGUUGUUUAUAGGAAUGUAUGAUUAACCAGUAUUUAUGUUUGUUAGUAACAUUUAUCAGGGUUACUUCCUGUAACUGGGGUAGAAAAAUAAUCGGACUGUUUUUAUUUAUUGAUUUUUUGAAGAAAAACCCCCAGGUCAUGCGGCCCAUUUUCACUGAUGCAGGAUUAUCUAAGAACCAGAAAUUCUUUUUUAUAUGGCCUAAUUAAAGAGGCAUUAAAGACUAACUUGAAACUAUAAUCUCCUGUAGAUAUCAAUAUCAGUUCUGAUUUGAUGUGAGAUAUCCGACAUAUUUAUUCAAAAUUUAUAUUAUAUAAUCGAAAAAUAUGAUAUACAAAAUCUUGAAGAAUAUCCAAGGAAUAAGCAACUGUGUAGUAGGUUUUUAUUUACUGAACAAGUUUGAUUUCACCAAAAAUAGAAAUAUAUGUUUAGAUACACUGUGUAUUAUAGAAUUGGAUAUUACACAUUUUGAAAGUGACAUUGCCUCUAUAAAUACAUUCCUAGAUUAAUUUAGUAGUUAUAUUAUUUAGAGAAGUUCAUUAUUUCUAGUACAACUAAUAUAUUAAUUUCUUAUUUAUUCUGUUAGAGGUUAAAUUAUCUGACAUGAAAACAAUUUGAAAGGUACAGGUCUGGAUUGAUUGAGUUUAUUAGCAGUUUAUGUUUCAAUUCAUUGAAGAAAAUGUAACUUUCUAAGCUAUAAAAUUCGUCGGAAUGAAUUUAAAAGUAUACACAUAAUUUUAGUGAUUCAUUAAGAAGAAAAGUAAGACCAAUAUUUAUAUAUUUUAAGAAUUCUUCAUUUGUGAAAUUGUUUGGAAUGACCCAAAGUUCACGUAAAUUUGUUUUUGAUGUGCGUUUUAUAUUACCUGAACUUAAGGAUUGUAAUUUUUUGUUUUUGUUGAUGAUUGUAUGAAUAACUCUAAAUAUUAUGAAAAAUAUUUGAAAUAUUGUGACUCAAAACAAUUUGGAUUUCUCUGAUCUGAAAUUGUAGAUACAUGCAUAGUUAUUGAUUCAUGCAGAAAUGUUUUGCUUGUAUUGAGGUUGUAAAACCCUUAAUAUAACACAUUAUUAAAUUCUGAUCCUGAUCACUAUGAACUUGUUUCUUAAAAUUAUAGGCAUUGGAUAUCCGUACAAGAACCAUAUCAUCAUGUCUCUUUAACCGGAAAGACUAUUCUCAUUAAGAAGAAUCAAUAUUCAAGUUUUAAUGAAAUUUACAACUAUUAGGGAAAAAAUAUAUGGCACUAGUAGACAUUUCAUUUAUUUGAGAAUAAAUUCAUGUUUUCGCUCAUAUUUGUACAUCAUUACAUAAAUUUAGUACAGCGAACCAUUACUUCGAACUAGGAGUUUGGUUUGGCUAGGAUUAUUUUAAGGAUUUGUCAAAAGGUAUAGUGUUCACAAUACCGCAGGCAUUUAUUGUAUAUAAGAAUAUUAAUGAUGUUUUUCUUGCUUUUAUUACUUGUAGAGCAUACAUAUGGUUUUCUUAACUUUGUAUAUUUUUUGUGAUGUAUGUAUAUUAUUUACAUACACAUAUUGUCAUAUGGUGCACUCUGUAAAUUAAACACAAUUAGCCUAAAGUCAAAAUCUUGAAGAUUUUAAGAAUUUAAACAAUUUUAUAACAAUGCUAACAACACAAAUUAGAUUUCUGUAAAUUCUCAAUGAUUACUUUGGGUCAUUCUGUUUAUUAUGUCCACAUUGAAAUAUGGUUGUAUGUUGUUGUCAUCCCAAUCUAUCUGUAAUCCACUAAUUAUUGCGUAUGCUCUAGAGUCUACAAAUAAAAUUUUAGUUCAUGAGAUGAAGAGUCCUAUCGAUUUUCAACAUUUUCAAAUAAUUAUGGUCAGAGUUAUUACCCGUGAUCAAUUGGAUGCUUAUUGUUCAAUUGACUUUAAAUUUAAACAGUUUCAAAGAAGCCUGUUGAUUUCAGAUUAUUUAUUUCAUGGGUUGUUAAAUUUGAUCAAUUUUAGUGUCUUGUAAAUGCUCCCAUUACCUAUAUAAGAAUAAUUAUUUGACUACCUUUGUGGACUGUUCUGAUGACUUAGCUGUGGUGGGCAUGUGUUUUUAUUUCCUGGCAACUUAUCUUUCUUUUUGAUCUUUACGGGUGCACUAUAUAUAGAUAAAUAUUUGUUCUGUAAACGGGAAUAUUUCUUUGAAUUUUUUCUUAAAUUUGAGCAGUUAAAUUGUUAAAAAUUGGUUUUGGUGAAAAAAAAAGAUGGAUUGAUAAAAUUAGAACUGUACUUAAUUUUAAAUAAAAAAUAUUUAUGUGACAGAAAACGUUAAAUGAUAUGUAAUUUUGUUUUUUGAGCAUGCAGAUGUUCAUUUUAUCAUGUGCUAUUUUUAGUACCAUUGGCUACUAUUACUGUGAAAGAUAAAAACUUUAAGUUAUAUGUAAUUUUGUUUCUUAAGUACACAUAUGUGCUAAGUGUUAGUAUCAUACUAUUUAAAUCCAUUAAGUACAUGUUUUGAUCAAUCUUAAUAAAGUUGUAAUUUGGGGAUAACACUAAUAUUGGGGGAAUUACCAAUUCCAUUGUGAUACAAAAAUAUGCUUGUUAAAUAAGUAUUACUCUCUCUAAUUUGAAACCAAAUAGCUGUACAUUUAUUCAUCUCAAGUACAUGAAGUGAUGUAGACUACAUUAAAUCUGGGCCCAUGGUAAGUAUGUAAUAGAAAUAUUACUGAUAUUUUAUUUUCAUGGCAACCCAGUUCCACAACAGUUUUAUUUUAAGACAAACCCAAUUUCCUUUCCAAGAUAUUUAAGAUGGGUAGUUACUAAUUUUAUUCUUAAGUUGCAUAAAUUAAAAAAGCCCAGAUGAUGAAACUAUUUAUUAGAGAAAAUGUCCCUUAUAUAGUACAUAUAUUUAUAGAGAGUUGAUAUGUGGAUAGACUUAGCUUAGUAUAGACUUUUGUUAUUCUCUUAUUGAACUUUUAAAAAAAAAAUAACGUAAAACUCACUUAAUAAUAGUUAUAUAUGGUAUUCACUAUACAUUUGUCUUAAAUAAGACAAAUAUUUUUACUUUUAACAAUCACUGACUUAAUAUUAUGACAGUCACCCCUUGUCACAAUACUAAAUGUACAAGGGGUUUAGAAUUUUUUCAUAAAUUUGUAUUAGAAAAUUCUAAUACUUAGCAUAUAUCGUACAAAUCUUUUAAAACAUCGAUCUCAGUUUAUUCUAUGUUCCUUGAUAGUUAUUAAAGUAAAAAUAUUAGUCUUUAUUUGAGGAUAAAAUGAAGUACAUAUAUUGUGAAAUGAAUAUUUAUUAAUCUGAUUUAUCUAAUUAUGGAUUAACAUAUAUCACAAAAUUAAAUAUUUUAAUUGGAAUGUGAUUAUUAUUAUAUUAAAUUUGUUUUUGAUUAUAAACAGAUAUAAACAAUGAUUUUAAAGACA